AUGAGACCCAACCUCAAAUUUAUUAUAAAGACUGCUUGUGGUAUUUUAUUUUUAUUUUUUUACUGUGAAUAUUUAGUUUUUUUCAUUAUUCAGAGAAAUUGUGAAUGGCCAGAACUGAAUCCAGAAAAUGAAGACCCCACAAUUGCUCAGACAAAUGAAGAACCCGUUAAAGUUAUGGUUAUCGCUGAUACACACUUGCUCGGAUCGAGACACGGACAUUGGUUUGAUAAAUUACGAAGAGAGUGGCAAAUGCAUCGAGCCUUUCAAACAGCUAUUAUAUUACACAAACCUGAUUUAGUUUUUGUUCUUGGAGAUUUAACUGAUGAGGGAUUAUUUUGCAGCAAUGCAGAAUUUGAAUAUUAUGUGAAACGGUUUUACAGUUUAUUUCAUGUUCCAGAUGACACAAAACUGUAUGUAGCUGUUGGAAAUCAUGAUAUUGGGUUUCACUAUGGUGUAAGUCCAUAUUUGAAUCAAAGGUUUGUAGUUGCUUUCAAUGCACCUGCGGUUCAACUUAUAACCUUAAGAGGAAAUCAUUUUGUCUUGGUAAAUAGCAUGGCUUUAGAAGGGGAUGGGUGUUUUUUGUGCAGACCUGCCGAACAGCAGUUAACAAAAAUAGAAAAAAUUCUACAGUGUACUAAAGGCACAUACGCCGACAAAUGUAGUCCAAAGAUGAAGCUAGGCAUAUAUAGCAAACCAGUAUUAAUGCAACACUACCCUCUAUAUCGACAAUCAGACAUGGAAUGCAACGAUUUCGAUGCUGCCCCUUUCCCGGUUAAACAAGAACGAUUUAGGGAACGAUGGGAGUGUUUAAGUCAGGAAGCCACUUUACAGCUUCUUAAUCAAAUCAAGCCAAGGGUAGCUUUGUCUGGUCACACACAUCAUGGCUGCACAAGACCCCUAUCAGUCGGGGAAGGGAUAGAAGUAACCAUUCCUAGUUUUAGUUGGAGGAAUAAAGAUAAUCCUAAUUAUUUGUUGGCCGUAUUUACACCAAACAACUAUGCAUAUUCCAAGUGUGAAAUGCCACAGGAGUCAACAGUAAUAAAUUUGUAUAUUUUUGGAAUUAUUUUUCUUAGUGUAUGGAUACUGUAUAGUAUAUUUUGUAGGAGUAGGCGUAAGUACAAGUAUCGAUGACAUUAUUUCUAUAACUGGUGAUAUUCAUUGAUAUUCAACUUUAAUAAAUUUUGUUUUACUUACGAUUAUGGUAUUUAAUAUAACAUACAAAAUGUCUGGAAACUGUGAGCAAAAAAUUUUAGAGACAAUGUACUGAUGACUAUAGUGGUAUAGUCCUUUGACACUUUUUAAGACACCUACCCAACCAAUAUUAUACCCCAAAUUUGUUUUUUUUUUAAUUAAAAUUGUAACUUGAUUACAAUCAAGCAAUUUCUUUCAAAUUGGUUACAAACAAGACCUACAAGAAAAUCAUCUUUAUUGAACGUAUAAUCUCUGUUAACUAUAAAAUUGAUCUUUAAGUUUGCUACAAAACAUUAAAUGUUUUUUUUUUUUUUU